AUGUUUAGCACUUCAUCGUUUGUGUUCCUUGUGUUGCUUGCCGCUAUGGCGGCAUACUGGCGUCAUGAUCUCUUUGAACUUGUUGGAAGUGUUGUAGUGGUUUCUACUGUGUUUGUCGCGGGGGCUUGCUGUCUGAGCAGUUCCCGUGCCAGGUUCUGGUGUUUGCUACAAAAUGUAGCAAAGUUGGUCGUAGAGCCAAAAAUUGAGAUUGUCUACGCCGAGGCCAACGAGGCCGAGGCCAAGGAAAAUGCGGGGCUGAAAGCCCAGAUGGUGGUUUUGGAGCAGCAGCUCCGUGGUACAGAGGCACGAGCACGUGUUUCCGAGAUAGCCCGAGAGACCGACAAGAAACGCCACGCCAAGGAGAUCCGAUACCUGGAUUCUCAACUGGCGACCGUCUCCCGAGGCGUCAAGGAAUCCCUGCGCGCGAAGGAUCACGCCCUCGGCGAGUGUCGCCAUUGGCGGGGCAAGUUUGAGGACCUGGAACAGCUAGAGCGGCAGGCCGAGAAAAACCCUAUUCGCGGGAUUCAGGGACGUGCUCGUUGGGCCCCGGCCAAAAAAUACGGAAUUACGAAGCGGGAACGUGGUCGACCGGCAACAAAGUUGACUGUCAUUGCACAGGUGGCGAUCGUCAAUGCGGCAUGGGAGUCCAAGAUGGUCAGUUGUGAGUCCAAGCUGGCAAGCUUCGAGACCGAUGCCAGAGACUAUGUGGCCCGGACAACUAACCAGAUUGGGUCUCUUCACGCCGCCGCCACCGCACUCAACGAGGAGAACGCACACCUCAAGCAGCAGAUCCAGGCAAAGCCCGACAUCUCCCACGAGCUGGCCCAGCAGCGACUGGAGGAUGCGGUGCAACGCACAAUGGUGUUUGCCAACCAGGAGCAUGAGAAGCGUGUCAACUCGCUGAAGCAGACUCACCUUAAGGAGCUGAUGGCAGCCAACGUCGACUACGAGAGGAAAUUGGACGAGGCAACAGCGGCAAUUAAGGCAAAGGAGACCGCGCUGGCCCAGCAGCAUGAGGUAGCUGAGGGAGUGGCCCAGGAAAGCAAUUCCUUGAGGGCUCAACUCGUUGCCAAGGAAACGCAGCUGGGCCAGCUGCGGGAUGCGAAUGCCAAGAUUGCCGGUGAUCUACAGAUCACUAAGGAGGCAAUGGCCAAGCUUGACCAGGAGUUAGAGCAAGAAACUGCUCGAGUGGUCAAGCUUGUGCAACAGAGCGACGGCCAUGAAAGGGCCGGCAAGAGACUGCAAGAGAAGUACGCUAAAUCACAGUGUACGGUUGAGACUCUUGUGAGGGAGAAGGCGGACCUUGAGGAGGAGGUCGAGUGGAAAGAGCAAGCACUGCACGAGCUUGCGGACUCAAACGAAGAGUCCCAGCAAAACGUGCAAAAAAUGGAGGGCGAUAACCGGGUUCUGUUGGAGCACAAUGCGGAGCUCCUGUGUCAGUCUGUGGCAUCAGAUAUGGAGCACCAGCAGACCCGGGACAGAGUGGGCAGCCUCGAGCAACAGGUGGCGAAUUACCAAACCGCGGAGGCGGCAGACAUCACGUCGGCGUGCUUCCUUAUCUACUCUAUCCCCAAAUCAAGGUCCCCACCCCCUCUCGCUCCUUUCUUCCUGUUGGCUUUGUUAAUUCCCUCACUUCCGUUCAUCUGCCCCAUCCCCAUCUGUCGCAUCUCCCCUCUCCCUCUCCCCUUCCCGCCGCGACCGACAGUCAUUCAUGUCCCGUUGAUCGCUCACGCUCCUCUUAUGAAUUCUUCACCUUACCGUUCGUUUGCCGCUCGGCCAUUGCUGCUGAGUCUGGCCAAGCUUUUUCUCGUCGCCGUCUCACAAAUUCCAUUCGCCACUGCUGCGCCUACCUUCUCACCUCUCUUUCUGUCAUCCCGCGACACAGAACCACCAAAGGAACCGAGCGAUCCGAGUUUAUGGCUUUACUUGGGAUUUUCAGCUGCUCUUGUGCUGAGCGGUGGCGCAUUUGCUGGUCUUACGAUUGCCUUGAUGGGACAGGAUGAAGUUUAUCUCCAAGUCAUCAAGACGUCCGGCGAAGGGCAUGAAAGGAAAAAUGCUACUAGCGUUCUCAAACUCUUGAACCACGGGAAACAUUGGGUUCUUGUCACCCUCCUCCUCAGCAAUGUGAUCACAAAUGAAACUCUACCCAUCGUCCUUGACCGAACACUUGGCGGCGGUUGGCCGGCGGUGCUAGGAAGUACUGCUUUGAUCGUCAUCUUCGGUGAGAUUGUUCCGCAGUCCAUCUGCGUUCGUUAUGGUCUUCCCAUCGGUGCCUGGAUGGCACCUUGUGUUUUGGUCUUGAUGUACAUCAUGUCUCCAGUCGCAUGGCCUAUCGCAAAGUUGCUAGAUAAGCUCCUUGGGGAGGAUCAUGGUACCAUAUACAAAAAGGCUGGAUUGAAAACACUCGUCACCCUCCACAAAACCUUGGGCGAAGCCGGAGAGCAACUUAACUCCGAUGAAGUGACCAUUAUUAGUGCAGUCCUUGACCUCAAAGAGAAGUCAGUAGGCAGCAUCAUGACACCAAUGGACGAUGUCUUCACUAUGUCUGCCGACACUGUCCUGGACGAACGCACGAUGGACCACAUUCUUUCCCAAGGAUAUUCCCGUAUUCCCAUCCAUGCACCCGACAAUCCGAUGAAUUUUGUUGGUAUGCUCCUUGUCAAGAUGCUCAUUACAUACGACCCGGAAGAUUGCAGACAUGUUCGCGAUUUUGCUUUGGCUACACUUCCUGAAACACGCCCUGAAACCAGCUGUCUGGAUAUUGUGAAUUUCUUCCAAGAGGGCAAGUCCCAUAUGGUUCUUGUCUCUGAAUAUCCUAGUGAGGAUCGUGGCGCUCUUGGAGUCGUCACUCUGGAAGAUGUUAUCGAAGAAUUGAUCGGAGAAGAAAUUAUUGACGAAUCUGAUGUCUUUAUUGAUGUCCACAAAGCCAUCCGACGAAUGACACCUGCACCCAAGUCUCGUGUCGCCAAAGGCAAGAUUGUCGAGGAACCUCCUUUGAACGCCUCUGUUGUCACCGAUGGCGACUUGAUCGAUGUGGAUUCCACACAACCCUCAUCUCUCCCCAAGCCUUCCGACUUAAUUCGACGCCGCAGUUCCGCGGAAGCACCUCUUCCCCGCUUUCAACUUCGCAAAACUAAUGCCGACAUCAACCCCGACUCGGCAAAUGAAUGGGUCACACAAGUCGGCACCACAGAUGAGAUUCGAGAGCACCUAAAGCAUCUUGGUCCCUCCAACCUGGCCAGUAAGCCACGCCAAACCCGUUACCAUGCUGUCAAAAUCAAGCGCAAUAGCGCUUCUCCGUCCCGUUCCGCACAAACCGAGUUUGAGUCCGGACAAAGCACUUCCGACUCACAAAAGCUUAUUACUUCUUCUACUGGAUACCAAGGUGGCAUAGGCGCGGGCUUGCUCAACUCCGCGGGAUCAGACGCCAAAGAUGGUGCGCAUACUCUCAAACUUGGCUACGGCACCAUAGCUUCGAAUGACAAUGUGAGCAAAGGCACCGGUGCUCAGCAAUACAAAGACCUUCCCCAUGUCUCCAUUCCCGAGGCUGUCCGUGAGGAGCAUGAAGACCAACCGCGUUCUGGGUCGACGCGGAAGGCUAGUAGUGACGAAGGCAGUAUUGAAUCGUCUGGUACACCAGGCUUAAUUUACCACCACAGAGGACCGGCGCGCAGUGGAAGCAUCACAGAACAGAUUGUGGAUGUCAAUGGUAUUCGCAAAGUUGUCCUUCAUGCAAAUUGCUCGGGCUCUUCAGAAGGUGAAUCUCAUUCAUCAGGCCAUCGUCACCACCGCCAUGCCGAGGGUGCAGUCGUUGACACCGAUGACGCAAAAUCAGAAAAUCCCGACAUUGCCCACGCAAAAUCCAAAAAAAAGCGCCGCCGAAAGAAGCACGGCAAAGCUUCAAAAUCUCAUGGCGGUCCCUCAGAGGACCAGCCGUUACUCUAA